UCCUGCCUUGCUGCUGCAGGAGGGGACGCGCUGACGGCUGGGAGGACGACAGGAGAGACAAGAAAGCUUUUGGGAAGAUUUCCGAGAGAGGGGAAAGGCCCUGAUCCACCGUCCGUCGGGAGAUAAACACCCCAAGUCUGAUUAGCCGCUGAAUCCGUCACCCCACCGGCGCUACAACAAAAUGUCGAGCAGUCGUCAGCUUAGCGAGAGCAGGGCCAUCCCGACUAGGACGGUGUUGAUCAACGACACAACCCAGCUACCUCAUGACUACUGUACCACCCCCGGAGGCACUUUAUUCUCCACCACUCCUGGAGGCACUCGUAUCAUCUAUGACCGAAAGUUCUUACUGGACAGGCGCAACUCCCCCAUCGCUCAAACCCCUCCUGCCCAUCUGCCCGUUAUCCCCGGAGUGACCAGCCAAAGCAUCCUGACUGAGAACCACAAGAACGAAGCCAACCACAUCAACAACCAUGAGGGCAAGCCUGCAACUGGUGAUGACGCCCAGUUUGAAAUGGACAUCUAGCAAACUGGAACCUCACCACGGCAACGAAAAAAAGCAUAUGACCUGGCACUCUCGUAGUGUCAGAGGCUUGGCUUGUAGAAACCAAUGUUGUGAGCCCUCAUGGCAGCCAUCUUCUUUUUGCUCUUUGUCUCCGCUGCUGGAUGUUAACGCGUAGUCACCUUUUGGGGUUACAGUUAAACAAAAGUACAGUGUUCGGUCAUCUGUGGAAACCAGUGCAUUUGAAUAGGUUUCCACAGUUACCAGUCACUGCACAAACUAAAGGGGGCGGGGCUGAAAAUUUGUGUCCAGUCUAGACCUCAUAUACUGCUUUUGGUGAUCAUAACUCCAGAUCUAUAGAGCACGCAUUAAAAUUUUUUGUUUGAUUGGUGGAACAAGUGGUAAUUUUCCAUACUGGCCUUAUAAUCUUGUCAAAAAAAAAAGCUUUGGUAUUCACCCAUAGUUUUUUUUUUCUUAUGUUGUCAUUUUGAGAGUACUACUUGAAUGGUCUUUGUAUGGGAUGCCAUUUUAUGUUUAGUUUUUUCGCUGACAAAAAUACACCAUUCCAAUUUUAGUUCUCUAUAGCGGAAUCAAAAAAUUACUCAAAGCCUUAGAACCACUUUUGAAAUAUUUCCUAAUGCUUAUUGCCACAUCUUAAAUGCACACUGCGUAACUUUUCUUUUGGGGGAUCCGCCACUUAUGUGUUUAGGUGUUCAGUAUAUGAAAGGUGGAAUAAUAUAUUUUGAAUCUCAAUAUUUAUCAUGGGUAAUUUUUCUUUUCGAUAGUGAGCAGAUUUUUUUUCAUUUUUUUUAUAUAAUUCGAUCAAAUUUCAGAUGUAGAGAGUAGAAUAAAUAACUGCUAUGGAUAAUUAUAACACCAUUCUGACAUUUAUUUGUUGCAGCUCAGGCUUUUUAAUGAUACUGUAUAUUUCUCCUGCUUUGUAUUAGUGACAUAAAGUAGUUUCAGUAUUAUAAUUUAUCACAAUAAUUCUCUGUGUCUAUGAUGGAGUUGUGAUUUAUUUGUGUGUAAUGUUCCACAGUAUGGCAUUAAAGUUUUGAAAAGCAGGACACAUCACCAGAUUACAGGUUAGAUCUGUGUUGAGGGGGAGAAGCCAUAUUAUUUUCAAUAUAUUUGUUCACACUGUAAUUGAAUAAAUACAAAUGUGGUGGAACAUUCCAGGCAAAGAAAUAACAUGUCCAGAGACUAGCAGGUGGCGGACCCUCCACUAGAAAAGUUACAUAGUGCAUCUUUAAAGCGAUACUUAAGUUUUCAUUUCAUUUCCUGGAACGAUAAGAUGCUAUAAUGGGGCGACCCAACCUCAAUUUUAGAGUAAUUGCCUUUGUUUAGAUGUUUACUUUUUGACUGUUUUGAGAUGUGGCUGAAAGCACUUGAAAUAUAUCCAUUGAAAAUCUUUGCAAAAAGUUAUUAAUGGAAUAUAAAACAUAAUAUUGUCUGCUAUGAAUGAUUGUAUUAUCCCAACAGUUACCAUUUUAUUUCAGAUUUUAUUUUGAAAAGUCACACAGGCAAGAAAGCACUACAUUGUAUUUACCCUGAAAGGUAAUACUAAAUUUUUAUCUCUUGAAUCACUGAAAAAAAUGAAGGUAAAAAUUUACAUUGAUUGUUUAAAAAAAAUGUUAAACUUGACAACUACUUGAUAAAAUGUCACAUCCAAUUUUUGCAUGACAGGAUCAUCUUAAUUUUCCAAUGUUAAAGUUGGGGUUAAAGUUCACGAUUGUUGAAAAAACUUGAAGUACAAGAUGUUUUAUAUGCAUUUUAUUUUUAAUACAGUUAGAAUGGUGAUGUUUUUGGUGUAAGUGCUGAGAAAGGUUUGUGUGAGGCGCCAAGGAACCAGAGUAUACAUUAAUUACUGCAUUGUUUGUCCCAUACAAGUACCAAUAUUUCCCAGUGUCCUUAAACUACUCACUCGUGUCUGCCCAUGCCUUACUUCACACAAAUGCAGUAAAUAAAGCUAGGUUUGUGCGUCAUAAGAAAUUUGUACUUUCCGAAAGAGGUUUAUUUUUUCACUGUAACGAUUGACAGCUAACAUUGUGCUUGGCAAGAGCGCAAAAGGUUUUGAAUCUUUAGUUUGAUCAAUCAGCGAUUAUGCGUACUUUUAUUUGGGAUGCUACAUCAGAGUUUGCUGUGUGGUUCGCUUCAGGCUCAAUACAUGAGUGCCACAUGCUCAUUUGUACCCAAGGAAUUAAACACCACAAUCAUUGUACUGUCUGCUUUUUAUACUCCCAGUCACUUGGCAAACAAAUAAUAUUUUUUUUGUCUUUAUACACAGUGUGCUUCACGGCAUGACUGAAAAGAGAACAGCAAAAAUGUUUUCUUUCUUCGACCUGGUUUUGUGUUGCAUUUGGUUCUGUGAUAUGUGGAGGAUUUGUGUGAAACUGUUUUGCGUUGCACAUUUUUGGAACAAGGAGAUGUUUCUGUUUUUUCAUAUACAGAAAUGCAGAUUAUUUCAAAUCAGUUUGGUUUGACAAUGAGGGCUUAACAUUGUGUGUCAAAAGAGAUUUGAAACAAAACUUACUGUAACUUUCCAAUCUGGUUUAGAUAACAUUAUUUUGAUUAAACUUCAAUGCCAGUGGACACUGUCGCAGCAAGAUCAAUAAAGUUCCUUAACAAAA